AUGUCUUCCUCAUCCUUCACCUCAGGAAAUUAUUACAGACGACGUAGGAAUACGGAAAGAGGAACGCCGAAAGAGUGUUGGUGUGGUGCACCAUCUGACAUUUUUACAUCUGGAAGCGAAACAAAUCCAAGAAGAUUGUACUAUUGCUGUGCAAAAGGAUAUCAUAAGAGUCAUUUAUUCAAAUGGGCGGAUGAGUGCUUCGUGGAAGAGGUUGAAGAUAUUAAGGCAGCGAUAAAUGGCAUGAAUAGAGACAUCUCGGAGUUGCGAGUUAACGUUGCUCGGUUGGCGAAUGGAAUGGAUGUUUCUGAUGUUAAAUCACGGGGUUACCCUCCAAGACUUUAUCCUGUAGGGUCUUCUAACCUAGAAAAUAAAGACAUUAAUCACAAUUUCCGUUCACGAGAUUUACCUCAUAUUAUAGAAACACUAGGAGAAGAUGUAUGGAAAGCACUGGUGAACUCUCCCAUUGGAGUAGUUGCUAGGCUAGUUGAACGCCGAAGCGUGUGGUCUGGUAGAACAGUACACUAUCUACUAUGUAGACAGCUGCGAGUACAUAGGAAGGAGAUAUGGAGUCUGGUGGUUGAUGAGCCUAUCAGGUUUAGCUUGGUAGAAUUUGGUGAGAUAACUGGGUUAAACACUGGUCCAUUGCCAACAGAAAGUUUUGAACCUGAUCCUGAUAAAUACAAACCGUUUUGGGCGAAGCUGAAGGUGUCGCUUGGGAGGGGACCCACGUUGGAUGAACUGAAGAACUCAAUAGAGGUCUGCCCGAGUUGGACAUUUGAAGAGCGUAAAUGGCUAGGGCUAUUAGUUCUUCAACACAUGGUACUUUAUUGUUUGCAUCAAAAUUCUCGGGUGCCAUUUGAAAGUGCCAAAAGAGUGUUUGACGAUGAAGCCAUGAAGUCGUAUCCAUGGGGUCGGACUGCAUACGAAGUUCUCAUUGACUCUAUUAAAACGUUGGCUCCAGACAGGGGGUCAUACACAUUAAGCGGCCUAAAGGAUGCGUUAUUGAUUUGGGCGUAUGAAUCCAUCGUCUGCUUUGGCGAGUGUUUUGGGAGAGUGGUGAAUAAUGAAGACGUUCCACUUUUACGAUGGGGUGGAAAGCGUACUCGUGCAAAUUUCGAAAACUUGUUGUCUGCCGAGAUAAAACAACAUAGCCAGGUGCGUGUUAGGAGAAUGGUUUCGAAGGAGUCAAUCGAAGAGUUGUUGCCUGAAUGGUCGUGUCAACCUGACGACCCACAACUCGUUAACUUGAUAACAGACAUACAUGCAGGUAGAUUUGUAAAAGGUUUUUGGGAAGUGCAUGGAAAUGCGGAGGGGAAGGGUAACGAGAAGAAGAAGAAAGCUGAGCCACCCAGUAAGAAGCAGAAUAAAGUUAAGACCAAUGAGGAUGAAGCUGCUGCAACGGGAAAGGGUUCAAGCGAAGAGGAAGGUAAUAAAGAUUCGGGGAACAACGCGAGUCUGAUGGCCAUUGCGAGUACUCUGGAUAAACUUUCCAGAAAAUUUGAUCUGAUGGACGCGCGAUUUAAAAAACCAUUGGUGGACCAGAAGUCGAUAGAUGACAUGGUGAAAGUUGCAGUGGAGGAGCGUCUGAAAGUUAUGGGGAUAGGAAAAAAUCCCCAAAACAAAGAAAACCUUUCGAACGUCGCCGCCGACCAACAACCUGAACCGUUGUCAUCACCGCAGCCUAAUACCCAGCAGAAGUUUGUCUGUAGUCCACUGUUAGCUGAAACCCCUGGAAAGGAUAUGGGACCUAGGAACAAUUUGUCCAACGAGCUUGAUAAGGAGAGAGGGAUGAAAAAAACUUUAGCUAAGGAGUUUGGAACACAUGCUGAGGAUGAGGGUGCUAAUGUUCUUGGUUUCCUAUAUGUUUCUCAUGCAAAGGCAACUAUGGCUGAAGAUUUACGUCGCCUCUCCAUGCGCAACCGUACUAUAAAGGAUGAAGAUGCAGAAGAUAAGAAAAAAGCAGUGCAAGCAGAGGCUGUGUUGAAGAAGAAGGAGAAAGCUGCCGCUAAGAGAAAAGCGGUUGCCUCAAUGAAGCAAAAACAGCCUGAGUUAAAGAAACCAAAACAGGCUGAGUUAAAGAAUCAAGAACAGGCUAAGUUAAUGAAUGAAGAACUGGCUGAGUUAAAGAAUCACGAAGCCGAUAAUAUAACUACACCGCGUGCCAAUGUAAAAAGAUGCAAGGUUGAAGAUUCUGUAGAGGACAGUGAAUUUGCUGUAAUGACCGACGAAGUUCUUGCGGAGGAGAAUGAAAUCUUGCCGGAGUCACCUAUGGCGAGUCAGGAAUUGAUUAGAUCUGCUAUAGUAAAGGAAUAUCGGGAGAAAAUGGUUAAAUUAUCUCCACAAGGGUUUGCAUUGUCUGAAGGUUCUUCAAGACCAGUUUUUCCGUACAUUGGAGACAAUGGAACGACGUGCAUGAGGAAUAAUGUUGAGCCUUCAGUAAUAUAUGACCCUCUAGCACCUUUUGAUCCGAUUGUAUUGGAUAAACUUAUGCAACACAUCUCGAGAAUUCCACCCAAACCACCAGCACCAACAAAGAAAAGAGUUGUAAGAUCCGCCGCUCGUGAGGGUGACUUCUAUAGCAUACUCAUCCUUGAAAGACCGUGGCCGCAUAGCCAAUAUGGAUGGUUGUUUGAUGAUUGGGUUGACGAUUACAAGCAGUUCAAGAUAAAACCUAAUAUGAUGAAGUUCACAGGGAAUGGUUAUGAAAAUCUUGUACACGGUAAGCUUCCCUGUAACUUUCAAACAAACUUGAAGUGGUAUGAACACGUGGAUCACUUGUACGGAUGUCUUCCAACCGGCGGUAAUCACUGGGUGGCAUUUCACGUGGAUCUGAAGAAGGUUAAGGUUGAUUGCUAUGAUUCAAUCAUUGGAGAGGUAACAGCCAAAAGUGCUUCGAAAAUACUUGAAGAGUUUAAACCGAUAACGCUUAUGCUUCCCGAUAUUUUGAAUCAAAACAUUCCUGCCAAUCUCCGAACCCCGAGUAGGAAGAAGUUCGCAUUCAGGAGGAUAAGCAAAAGGUACACUCCACAAAACACCCAGAUUGGCGAUUGUGGGGUGUAUGCGUUGAAGUUUGUGGAGUGUCUAGCGCUUGGUGUAAGUUUUGCUGGGAUAAACGAUAAAAAUAUUCAAGGUUUACGGUUGAAGAUGGCGGCAGAGAUCCUCGAUGAAGGAGGAAACAAGGCGUAG